AUAAUCUCCCCCCAGCACAGAAACGAGCUGCUCGGCCCCGCAAAGAACAAGUCAACUAAGAAAAUGUGGAAGGUGCCAGUUCUGUUCUUCGUUUUGGGACGCGCGUCGCUCUGGGUCCUGGCAGAAGGAGUCAGCACAGUCCGGCCAGAAGAUAACAUGACUACAGGUGUGGAAGAUGGCAAGGCGACCCUGGGUGUGGAAGAUUACAUGGUGACCCCAGGUGCCGGUGGCGAGCCCCAUGAGUCUGCUGGCUUGACAGCUCUGAUGCCGACAAGAGCAAAGAGCAUAACAGAGGGUCACAAAGAGGACCUGCCAACUGCAGAAAGCACAGUCCACUCCCAAGGACAAAGCCACAGCACCACAACCCUGAAUGUGGCAACUAGUCGGUCCCCGGGGAAAACAGAUGGAGAAAAACCAACAACAGUUGAGAAAGGUGGAUUGUCAACAGUGACCCUGACUGGAAUCAUAGUUGGGGUCUUACUAGCCAUUGGAUUCAUCGGUGGAAUCAUCACUGUGUUUGUUCGAAAAAUGUCAGGAAGGUACUCGUAA